GACACAGCCGGACAGCCGGAUCGAGGACGUAAUGAUGCGCGCGGGCCGGCUCUAGACCCCCCUGGGUAAACGCAGAGGCGGCAUGCAAGAGGCCGCGAUUGGAGAAUCCGAAUUGCCGAGGGCUGGUUCGGUCUGUCGGGCUUCAUGUCGUGUCACAUACUGACGCGGGGGGUCUUUCUUUGGUCGUUGUGAAGAGCCCGGUUAUGGAUAAAAGCGGCGGCUGGGACCUGCGUUUUGCUGCUUGAGACUCGACCAGAGCAAUACAUCUCACAGACAAUCAAUCUCACAGAUAAUCAAUCUCACAAAUAAUCAAUCUCACAGAUAGUCAACGAUUUUUCAACAUGCCUGCCACCAUUCGCCAGUACAAAGCAGCCUGUGUCCAGGCAGAACCCGGAUGGUUCGACCUCGAAAAGUCGGUCCAGAAGACAGUUGUACUGAUCCUGGAAGCGGGCGAGAAGGGCUGCAAGCUCGUUGCCUUUCCAGAGACGUGGAUCCCGGGGUAUCCCUACUGGCAAUGGCGUGUCAACUAUCAAGACUCUCUGCCACUCUUGAAGGACUAUCACUUGAACAGUCUGCGGCCCGACUCGGACGAGAUGCGACGCAUACGUACGGCCGCCAAGGAGGCCCAGAUCUACGUCUCGUUGGGCUACUCCGAGAUUGACGGCAACAGCCUGUACAUGGCGCAGGUCAUGAUUGACCCGACAGGAGCCGUCAUCAACCACCGACGCAAGAUCAAGCCGACCCACGUGGAGCGCCUCGUGUUCGGCGAGGGGACAGGCGACUCGUUGGAGACGGUCGUGGAGACGGAGAUAGGCCUGGUGGGCCAUCUCAACUGCUGGGAGAACAUGAACCCGUUCCUCAAGGCGCUGGCGUGCACCAAGUACGAGCAGGUACACGUUGCGGCCUGGCCCUCGUACCCGCCCGCCACGUCCCUCAAAUCGCCGGAUCCCUACACCAACAUAUCCGAGGUGCAGUCGGAGAUUGUGACGCCCGCGUAUGCCUACGAGACGGGCACCUGGACGCUCGCUCCGUCGCAGGUUGUCUCGCGCGAGGGAGCGCGACUCAACCUGCCUCGGCGGCUGCAGGACGACGAGGCGGCGCUCGACGCCGAGAUGGCCGUCGUGGGCAACGGCUACUCGCGCAUCUACCGGCCAGACGGCUCCCGCGCGGUGGCGGACCCGGACAAGACCUUUGAGGGCCUCGUGCUGGUGGACAUUGACCUAGACGAGAACCUGCUCACCAAGCGGCUCGCUGACUUUGUAAGAAGGGCCAGCUUUUCUUCUUCUAUCUUCUGCCUGUCUUGGUUGCUUGCUGCUGGAUGUGUGUUGGGGUGCUGACUUUGAUGGCGCUUUGCUACUACUAGGGCGGGCACUAUAUGCGUCCGGAUCUCAUCCGACUGCUCGUAGACACGACGCCCAAGACGUACGUCGUGGAUGUGAAUGCGGAUCCAAAGAAGGUCAUGAGCACCACGGAGAGGCUGGGACUCCACAAGCCCUUGCUGGAGGAGGAGUAGUAGACAACUGGUGGGAAAAUCUGAUGUCGUAGUUUGAAGGGCUAUAUGGUGUAUGGCCGCGCCGAAUCUCAACUCGUUUUUAUGUCGUGCAGUUGGGAUGGAUGUCAGAGGUGGGAUAAAAUGGACGAGAAAUUCUGCAGUAUCACUUUG